CACUGCCCCAGGCAGGUUGGAACUUAAAAUUUAGUCAUCUGAUGGUCUUUCGCUUAAAGUAGGUACUUUUACUUAACAGACUUUGUUGUUGUUUUUGUUGUUGUUUUUUUUACCUCUAUAGAGAAUGUUGUAAAGGUAUCGCUUGUUUCAGUUUACGAGUAGGCCUGUGUGUAAGACAGACCAUUUACAGCUAAGUUGUUCAGUUCUAUAAAUUUAAAAUUAAUCUCAGUAAUUUUCCAAGGCAUUCUAUCUAACAAAUAGGUUACAUUCUUUUCGAUAUUCAGAUCGUUUCUGCACCGCAAAUAUUACUGUAAAGCUACUUUAAUAAUUUAAGAACAAAUGUCGGAGUGUAAUUUUUAGAAUUUGACAUAUGGCGCCCUUGGAGUAUAUGUAAUCAGUAAGGGUGCCAGAAUUGUAACCGUGGAACCACUGCCGUAGUGUUAAACAAAAAAUGCAAAGUAGAACAAAUAAUCUAAUGAUUAAAUUUGAAAUGUAUUUGAAAAAUUAACUCCCCCCUCCCACCCCCCACCCCCCCCCCACACAUAUACAACUCACUUGUUUGCGUCCUUCCGUUCUACUUCUGUAGGUAAAUAAUUUGGAAAUGACGCUGCUAUGCUGUGUGUACAAUCCAUUGUAAAUUGUUUUUAUUUUUUCUAAAUUUACAAACAGGAAAAAAUGGUAUUUCAAGUUGUCGUCAAUUAUUUCAAAUCCUCUUUUUAUGGUAAGUCAAAACAAUAAUCAGUCGCCGCGGGUUAAUGACAUAAACUAUAUGUGGCAGUAAAAAGUGUAUGGUGUUAUUUUCAUAAUAAUAUGUGAUCUACAAUUAAAGACGUUUUGGCUAAAACAAGCCUCCAUCGCUUUCAACAAAUCACAAAGCAAGUACAUUUUUUUUGUUUAAAAAAUUAGGGUGGCAUAUCCACACAAACCCCCCCCCCACCCCCCCCCCCCCCCCCAAAAAAAAAAAAAAAAUUAAAAUAUCUGUGGCACAUGCCAUUCGAACUGAAGCGGAUACAUUAAAAGCUUGUUUGUUUGUUUGUUUGUUUUAACCUGUUUCAGAAUGUUAAAUGAAAUGGGCUGGUCCCCAAAAUGUUUACAAAAUGGAUUAUUAAUUUUAAUCUUUUAUAGUAUAAAUUUUUUUAUUGAAUUGGAUCUUUAGCGACGUGCCUUAUUUCAACAGAGCCCUGAAUUUCAAAGUUAAUUGAUCAAGCUGUAGGAGUUUUGUUUUUUUUCCUACCGGGUAUAUUGGUUACUGUAUAAAAGUUUUUUUUUUAAAGAUUAUUUUUCUUCUUAGUACUAUCAAAAAGAAACGAUUUAUCGACAAACCAGGAUGCUCAAUACGUAGUUGAAUUAUCAACUACCCAGGAUGUCAACAAAGAGGCUGAUCCGCCAGGUAUUUUCAUAUGCUUCUUUUUGCUUUAUCCUUUUCAAUCCCAGGUGCAGCAUCAGGCCACUAACAACAUCUUUACGCGCCUUCGUGUCACUAGCAAUCUUUUCUACCUCUUUCCAGCAGGUAUUUGGGUUUUGUAAUAAGAAAUAAAAACACGUGUGUAAGUCACUGAGCGCCAUCUAGUUAACAUUAUAGGACCUUUGCAAACAGUCAUAACACAAGUGAGUUACUGGUCUGCACCAGGUGCGCUCAAUGUCUGCCUGUCGCUUGGGGUUCAAACGGGAAAUAAAUGAAGUUUUUUACACUGGGUCGGGAUAUUUUGAGAAAAUACCUGGUAGGCCCAAGUGUUUCAAAAAAAAAAGAAGUUAGCUUCUCAUUUUCUGUUAUAUAUGUUGGCCUUUAAAAUAAGCCUACAGACAGUCCUACAGACAGUCCUACAGACAGUCCUACAGACAGUCCUACAGACAGUCCUACAGACAGUCCUACAGACAGUCCUACAGACAGUCCUACAGACAGUCCUACAGACAGUCCUACAGACAGUCCUACAGACAGUCCUACAGACAGUCCUACAGACAGUCCUACAGACAGUCCUACAGACAGUCCUACAGACAGUCCUACAGACAGUCCUACCUGUGGAUCUUUCUUGAUUAAUUUAAUAGUCGCCUCACACUAAAGAAAACAAAUUACCUGAUUUCACACGUCACCCAUGACAGCCUUUUUUUCAUUUAGAGUUCUAUUAAUAUAAAAGAUGUGGAGUUUUGCGGUAGGGGAGGUUUUGAAGAAUAAGCAGGACACACCAGAAGCAAAAUAUUUAUACGAAAUUUUGAUUUCAAGAGCAAAUGUAGACCUUAAUUCGUUGGAAUAUUUUAAGAAGCUUAAAAUGUGUUGUUUUCCCCCACCCUGAAUUGAAUUAUAGCACUAUUUAUGAGAGGAAAAUCAACGUUUGCUUAAUUAUUAUGUUUAUUUAAUACACAGAUAGAGAUAAAUAUGGUUAUACAUUAAGUUAUUACAACAAUAGCAUAAAGAUGUAGUUUGUUGGUUGUUUUUUAAAUGUUUUCUCCCCAAAACUAGCAGUGAAACAGAACACGUAUGAACUAGAGGAAAUCAGAAAGAAAGAAGAACUGCUCGAAGCCCUCAAAGCAGAAGUGAAUCCAAAAUUGUAUGAAUUGGAACUGGAAGUUCAUGAGAUGGUCAUGGAGCAUAUCAGGAGGAAAAAAAAGAAGAAGAAAGUAAGUAGUUAA